AUAUUAAUAUUUAACGCACGUUUUAGAGGGGAUUAUGAAACUUAUAAAGGGAAAUUAAACGAAGUAAACAAAGAAGGCGUUGUUGCCAAAAUUGUAAUAAUGGAGUAUAUACAUUUAUUCUAUGGCUUGUUAUUUCUAUAUGUUGUGGUCACGUGCCAGUCAUGUGAAAAGAAGAACUCGUGUAAAUGUGAAUGUCCAGGUGGAACUAUAGAUCUCAGUCCCUUGUCAUCAAGUUCGGGGCCAAAGUACAAGGAUGUUUCCGCCCCGGAUGGCUACCAAUACUCCUACAACCCGUGUGACUCGUUUACGGAGACCAACGCUUUGUCGGUCUAUGACUUCUGUCACGAUGUUGCUGCAUGUCAAGUUAUAAAUAACGCCGGCGUGUUCCAAUUCUACGACACCGGAAAACAAGAUUCUGCCUCGUUCCGAGUUGCUGCCGGAAGUGAUGUCGGUAUAGAGGAAACAACUGAAGUUGUUGUUGUUAGUUACCUGGCUGGUGACUCAUCUAGACAGACAGAGGUGGUGCUAGUGUGUAACAAUCAAGAUGAACAGACAGCCUUUGACACUCUUGGAGAGCUACCAGGCUCUAACCCGCCGUUCUUCAUCUCGUGCACUGCAGCUUAUUUUGGGUUUGGAAUACUUUAUAAGAUGGCUAUUAAGAAAGAAUCAGGGAAAAAUGUUAUACCACAAAAACAGUUCUGGACCACCUUGCCUGGACUUAUCAAGGACGGAGUUCUAUUUGUUAAAAGCAGGGGAGGAAGAGCGGGGUAUUCAGAUGUGCGAGGCGGGAGCGGAAAAAUUUAG